AGCCGCUGGCUGAAACAAACAAGCGAUGCUCUCAAAGAAAGCCUGCUGUACUGUGUGCUAUUGAAAACAACUCUGACACGUAGACUUCAAGUACGCAGUUUAGCACUUGCAUCAAUAUAGGUGGUUAUUGUUCACUGCUUGUUGCGUAUUUUCGGACGGAUGAGAUUAUUAUACUCGAAUGAGCCGGUCGCUGAUUAUUGUGACAGGAACUAGAGACUAUUGUGAAGAUGGGUGUUAUAAAGUGGCAUAUAGAUGUCACUGAAAACGUUUUCGACAUUGCCACAUUCUGGUUGAUCCCGGAGCGAAAUGAAUUUGAGAUAAUUCAUGUUUAUUUAUCAUGCUUAUAAUCUAAAUAUUUAGAAAAUGAACAGCUUUGAAGUAAUUAUCAAUUAUUUUAGUGAUCUUUUUUUAUUGAUGCUUCAAAUCAGUUUUGUGAAGUCAUUAAGUUAUAUGAAAAUCUAUUCAUUCAGUUGCAUAUGCAGUAUUGUUUUGGACACGUGUUGUCGUUUCUUCAAUGUUUACAGGUUACACACCCUCUUCUUGUGUCUCUAACCUUGUAAAUGUCUUCUGAUGUGAUUAUAUUCAUUUUUUAGAAAGAUGGUUUAGCUUGUUGAUUGUUGCACUGUCCGCAAUGCAGGUCCUGCCUUAUGAUCCUGCUCACCCCCGGCCACUCUCACGUGCUUCUGUUGAUGUGCACUGGCCAAUCAGAUGCUGCCAUGAAAGUCCCACAUUUUAUUUAUCAUGAUUUUUGUAUUGUCUUCAUGUACUUAAUAAGUGGUCAUUUAAUAAGACAAAUGAAAAGCACUGACGUUUCUAAUAAUUACUGAUAAUCAGUUGCUAUUAACCUGCUGCUGUUUUUGUGCCGUGCACAAUACGUCAUCAUAAUAGCUUACAUCAUGCAGGAGUAUGUAGUGGGUGUGACUGCAUACUGAAGCACUGGAUAUUGGAUGUUUGUAUGUGCGAAGUGACUAUCAGGACUAGGACAUAACAGUGUUUCUAGAGUCUCAUCUAAAGCAGCAGCUCAUUCCUCAUUGAUUAUUAAUGCUACAGAAGGAGAGAGAGCUGUUAAGGGAGAGAAUGAGAGAUAGUACGGGGGAAAGAACAACAGGGUUGAGUCCUAAUGUCAGGGGGAUUCUUUGUCUCGUGUGGAGCGGGGCGGGGGAGGCCUCACCCUCUGACUGUAGGGACCAGCAUCAGUCAGAUCAGAGCAAAUCUCAGCAUCAGCACUCUAAAAUGUCUACCAGCCCAUAAAUGGCUCCUAAAGAAGGGCUGAGUGAGUGAGUCUUCACAUACGCCAUGGAAUAUCACUUCUGAAAGAUGACCAGUGCUCUCAGCGUCUGUGAUUUAACGCUUAAUUUACGGUCUCCUGGGCUAGUGUAUGUGGAGGUGUGAAUGAGUGAGUGAGUUUAUUUAUACAUGUGAGUGUGUGACCGUGUAUCAUCAUCAACAUGGCCUCAGUGAGUGUUACCUUGGAGAAUCAACUGCACAGUGCACAGAAGAACCUGCUGUUCCUGCAACAAGACCAUGCCAAUACACUGAAAGGCCUUCAUGCUGAGAUCCGCCGCCUACAGCAGCACUGCACAGACCUGACAUAUGAGCUGACAAUGCGGAGCUCUGAUCCAGGUGAUGAUGGUGAGGCUCGCUGCAGAGAGCUGCAUCAGCGCUGUGAGGAGCUGGAGGCUCAGCUGAAGGCUAAAGAGCAGGAAAACACAGAGCUCCUGCGAGAUCUGGAGCAGAAGAACGCCAUGAUCUCGGUGUUGGAGAACACCAUCCGUGAGCGAGAGAAGAAGUACCUGGAUGAGCUAAAGUUGAAGAGCCAUAAAUUGGCUGUGCUGUCUGGAGAGCUGGAGCAGAGAGCCAGCACCAUUGCCUACCUCACCUCCCAGCUCCACGCUACCAAAAAACGCCUACUCGCUGGUGGGGCGGCAAGUAUAAGCCCCUCCGUCAGCCCCAUCGGCACUUUCAAACCCACCCCUCCUCCCGUUCCUGCUGCUUCGGGCAACGACAAAGACGUCCGGCAACCCGAGACCCCUCGCAGGCGCAUGCGCAAAAGUCUUUCGCAGCCGCUGCACUCUGAAUACACAGAGCUGUACCGGUCAGGCGCCACAGACGGCCGCAGGGUGGUACUGAGGGAUUCGGUAGAUGCCAUGCCAGAUCCCACACCAUUCCUGCAAGCCAGAGAGCCCGGGGCUCCUGUAGAGUCUCAGCCGGUGCUGCGGGAACGCCCCUCUGUAAUCCCACCCAUUGCUUCUUCAGCCACACCCCCUGCACAAUUAAGCCCCGCCCACACCCCUUUGCCCCCUAGUCCCAGGAAUAGCCCAGCGCGGGAGGGACCCCAUGCCCGUGCUAACGUGCAUAUAGGAGUGGCGCAUCGGAUCCACCGUUUGCCCUCAGCAGGUGGAGGUGCAGCCCGGCAACAGGCGGAAGUGGAGACCCUCGCAGUGGACCAGGUCAAUGGGGAGCAGGUGGUUCGCAAACGCUCAAGUGCAGACAGAACUGUUUAAGACUGACAAAUGGCGCACAUUUACACAUCCUAAAACAGAUAGUAUAUAAAUAUAGACGUAUUAAGACCAAUGCAGUAUAUGCAGAGAUCUUUAUGACUGUGAAAACACACAAACAUGGAUACAGAUGCUGAAAUCAUCAAUAUAUCACCAACAACCUAGUCAAUAAACGUAUAAAACGCAAACACACACUGCACAAUAGCACAGCACAACCCUGGGAUAUGCUGAACAACACACACUGGCAAGUGAACAAGAUUUAGGCAAAGACUGGUUUUGUGAGUGAGAGAAUAUGUGUGUGUUUUAAAGGGAAAGAUGGAGAGACUACGGAUGGCAGCAAGAGCUUCUGUAUGUCCUGCUGCUUUUUAUGCAACACUGUAUAAACUAAAAUAAGAUGUAAAAGACUUUUGUUCAUGGUCAUUUGAGUAACUACUUUGUCUCACGUCGGUUGAGAAGGAGAACUGUGAGCAUGCCAAUUGUUUGUUUUUCUUUCCCAUUUGACUUUCAGCAACUUUCUGUUCUUCUUGUCAUUGAUGUCCUGCUCCGGGUUGACUCAAGGUGCAAACACACACUCAUAUAUUGCCAAAUCUCAUCAUUGCCUGCUGAUUUAAUGUUCUAAUGCAUAUUCAUAUCUACUCAUAUUUAUUCAUGAGCACUGCAGCUGUACUGGAAUCUCCACUCUCCUUCAACUCUCCUUCCCCUUUCAUUCACAUAUCUACAGGCUAAUGUGAACAAUCCUGCUUUUCCUUAUUAAAGACCUACAGCAAUCAAAGGUCUCAAAGAGGUCA